AUGUCGAAAAGCGACGCGAACUGGCGACGACGAGCGACGACGCGUCAGUGCGCCAUGCGCGCGCGCGCGCGCGACGGCCGACGCACCGCGCGGUGGACGGUGCGUUCGAGCGCCCCUGGUCGUCGUCGGCGCGUCCUCGCACCGACGCGCGCGACGCGUGCGAAUGUUGACGACGAGGCAGUUCGUUGGGACGUCGUUCGUCGACGCGCGGAAACGGUCGUAAACAAGGCGCUGAACGGCGCGGACGCCGCGAAAGCGCUGCGAAAGGCGCUCAGAGGUGAGCUCAAUAACGAGGAGCGACGGGCGAUCGCGCGAUGCGCGCUCGGGUGCGAGGUUUGGAGGAUUCGGUUGGCGGCGGAGCGAGCGAGCGCUUUGAGAAGCGAAACGGGCGAUGUACUGGCGACGUACGGGCGUUUCGAUAGGAACGAUGCCGCGGGAGCGUUGGUGUUCACGUAUUGGUUGAGAGAUCGCGGCGGCUCCGGGCCGACGCCGGGGAAGGAGGAGAUGUUCAGGAUGUAUGGCGAUGGCGUCGACGCGUGCGCCGCCGCCACAGAGGAAGACACGGUCGAGUGGUCGACGGAUGGUGCGAUGAAGAUAUCGGAACUCUCAGCGAUUCCGGUGCCAUUGGCGGAGAUGUUUGUGCGCGAUUACGGCGAUGAUGAGGCUCUGAGGUUAGCGCGAGCGAUGAACGAGCCGGGUCCAGUGAUGUGUCGGGCGAACGUCGCUCGAUGCAGCGUGGAAGAAUGCGCAGAGCGACUGGAACAGGACGGGUUGAAGAUAGCACCCGCGAGAUUCGCAACGCACGCCUUUGCGCUAGUCAAUGGGGCUCCCGCGAACGGGGGGAUAUUUGGCGUCAACGCUUGGCGCGAGGGGUGGUUUGAGGUUCAAGACGAGGGUAGUCAGUUGAUAGUUGCCGCGCUGGAGGCGAAAGCGGGUGAACGCGUUCUCGACGCGUGUGCGGGUAACGGUGGGAAAACGCUCGCGAUCGCGGCCGAAAUGAAAUUCGGCGAGGUAUGUGUGUUCGACAUUGAUCGUCGACGAUUAGCGCAUCUAGAGGCGAACGCCGAGCGCGCCGGGUCGCGUGACAUGGUGACAACAGUACAGGGGACGUCUCUGCAAGACUUGGCACCUCAGUCUUUCGAUGCUGUCUUGGUCGACGCUCCGUGUUCGAGCGUCGGUGCGCUUCGGCGAACGCCGUCGCUUCGCCACAUGCACGACGAUCCGAACGAGCUUGCUAAGAUUCAACUCGGCAUUCUUCGUGAAGCCGCAGCGCUCGUUAAGCCGGGUGGACGUCUGGUGUACGCGACGUGCUCCGUGCUCUCGUUUGAGAACCACGAAGUGGUGCGCGCGUUCGAGUCGGAAUUCGCCGAUAUUUACGAACCGUUGCCAUUUGACGAUGCGUUCAUUGCCGCUUCACGCGAAAGAGAUCGCGAACACGAGCGCUCACUUCUUCCGCACUUGCACGGCACAGACGGCUUUUUCAUAGCACGAUUUAGAAAUAGAUCAAACUUCUAG